GAGAAUUAUUCUGUCAACAACGAAUUGAAACAUUCAGUGCGACAUUAUUUUGUAAUUGUUUUAGUAGUGAGCCAAAAUUAGUGUAAAAUCAAGUGCCAAAAUUGCAGUUUUUCGUCCAGAAAUCACCAAUGUUGUUACUUAUUGUAUUCUCACUGAUUUUAUCGGUGAUUUCGGACCCAAACGUUCCACCCUUUUGCGACAAAUGUGCGUGUGUUAAUGACGAUUCCAAUCAAUUUGUGGUCACUUGUACCAAAGACGUUUCGUCCUUUAUGUUUGAUAAAGCAUCAUGGAUCGAUGCAGCUGAUAACAAGCCGUACAGUUAUUCCAAAGUUUGGAUUCAGAAUUCACCGAUUCUGACGUUAAAAGAGCAAUUUCCAGUCUCAAACCUAAUCGAGUUGAGUUUAGCCAACAAUUCGAUUGUUAGCAUUAGCAGUGAUGUGUUUAGCAACCUCCAAAACAUGCAAAUGUUGGACCUGAGUUACAACAACAUUGAAAUUUUGCAUCCUGAUGCUUUUAAUGGCCAAUAUUUGGAAGGUGACUGGAAUCCUUUACGAUCCUUGGUUAAGCUCUAUUUGGCUCAUAACAGGAUUCAUAGUCUUGAUAAGGAUAUUUUCGAGCAUGCUGACAGGAUUGAACUUUUAUCACUGUCUCACAAUCCUUUAAAAAUCCUAGAUCAGUCAACUGCAAUAGCAAUCACUAGUUUGGUCUAUUUGAAAAAUUUGGAUUUGAGUUAUACAGGUUUAAGCAGUCUUCCGGCUGCUUUUUUGCACACUCCAAAAAAAUUAAUUUUCUUGGAUUUGAGCGGAAACCAGUUUACGGGAAUUCCCGAUACUUUAGGGGAUGCACACAGCUUAGAAACGCUUUAUUUUAAUAAUAAUCCCAUGGUUAAUUUGACCAAUAAAAACGGUUUUCCUGUCAUUUCCACUUUGAAAUAUCUCCACUUGAGUUCGAUGCCCAACUUGGUCAAUAUCAGUAAAGAAUCUUUAAGUAAUCUUGUUAAUUUAACUGAAUUUUAUUGCUUCAACAACCCCAAAUUAUCGUACAUUGACCGAGACGCGUUUUCGUCACGACGUGACGGUGCCGAAUACAAAACUUGGCCACCGAUCAAAAAACUUUUUCUACAAAAUAAUAAAUUAGCUUCGAUGGAUAUGGAAGUUGUUUUGAAUUGGAAGGAUUUGGUUGCGCUUGAUUUAACAGAAAACGCGUGGACGUGUGAGUGCGAAAAUCAAUGGAUGAUUGACGAAUUGAUGCCCAUUUAUUUGCAACUGGACGAGAAUAAGGCCAAAGCACUUAAGUGUGAGGCCCCAAUCGAGAUGGCUUCCCUGACAUUCUACGACGUUUAUCAGAAACAAACAACGAUGCGAUGUCUUGACUUAUACGGUCAUAGACCCGAACGAGACGGCGUUCUAUUGGUUGGAAUUUUGGCUGGUGUUUUAAUCACAAUACCAUUGGUAUUGUUCAUAAUUUACGCUUAUCAGAGACACUGGUUUGGAUUAUUUGAUAAUUCACCGGCUGGUUUUUCACGCCAGUUUUACAAACGAAGCGUUUCGACAUCAGAAGACGCUUAUCUUUAAUUAUUUGUUUAGUUUUUUUUUAAUAAAAUUAAAUUAAAUUUA